UCAGGGCGGCUUUUCCGCCCGUUCUAGACCGGAGCCCGGACCGUUGAGCCGGCGGGUGGUCCGGGGGCGCCAUGGGGCUGGGACGGUGGGCUGCGUGGCCGCUCCGCCUUCUCGCCUUCGCGAGUCUCCUGGCGCACCUGGAAUGUCAAACGUUUUUGCAUAUCACUUAUCCCCUGAAGAUACCAGCCAACUCAUCUGAAGAUUGCUUAGGCACAGAGGCUGAUGAGAGUGUUCAGGCUUACACUCUUACCAUAAAUAAGAAGGAGUACAUAAUCUACCUGAAGCAACAAUCCUUUCUGCCAAACGAUUUUAUGAUUUAUACCUACAACCCGAGAGGUUUUGUGCAACCCACUACGCCAGAAAUUCAGAAUGAAUGCUUCUAUGAAGGGUAUAUCCAAGGCUUCCCCAAUUCUGUGGCAAUACUCAGCACCUGCUCUGGGCUCAGGGGAGUGUUGCAGUUUGAGAAUGUCAGCUACGGCAUUGAACACCUGGAAUCUUCAACCACUUUCGAGCACUUAAUUUAUGAACUGAACAGCAAGGAUGCCAAAGGCCCAAUUUGGACAGAAAAUGACACCCAUGUAGACAACCAAACCAAAACCAGACACGUCUAUAAGCUGCUUUCCGAUACUGUGCCUCUGUCGGAUACCACUAAAAGUCACAGGUACAUAGAAGUCUACGCUGUUGUGGACAAGAUUUUGUUCAACUAUUUGGGCGGAAAUCCUGAAUACGUAACCUCAAACAUCGUGCAGAUUAUCGGCUUUGUUAAUAGUAUGUUUGCCGACCUUAACGUAACAGUUGUACUUUCCUCUUUGGAGUUCUGGACAGACGGUAAUAAAAUCUCGACCGAAGGAGAAGCCGAUGAAAUCCUCCAAAAGUUUCUGCAAUGGAAAAAUUCCUACCUUGUUCUGCGGCCUCACGAUCUGGCUUUUUUGUUUGUGUACAGGGAGAAGCCAAAUUAUGUGGGAGCAGCUUUUACAGGGAAAUUGUGCAACCGAAAUUUUGAUGCAGCUGUAGCUCUGUAUGAGAAGGCGAUCACUUUGGAGACCUUUUCAGUCAUCCUGGCUCAACUGCUGGGUUUUAGCCUCGGGAUGGAAUAUGAAGACGGCAAAGAGUGCAAAUGCCCUGGACCCAUCUGUAUAAUGCACACGAACGCAGUUAAUUCAAAUGGAAUUAAAAAAUUCAGCAGCUGUAGCAUUGUCGACUUCCAAAAUUUCAUUAAGUUCAAAAGCCCCCCUUGCCUUUCUAAUCGGCCAAAUUUGAAAUUGUAUUCUCGGAAGAAACUGCUCAAAGGCAAAUCAGCUUGUGGGAAUGGUAUUUUGGAACCUGGAGAAAAAUGUGAUUGUGGGAGCGUUGAGCAUUGCAAAAGGAGCAGAUGUUGCACCAGCGGUUGUACGUUUCAGCGGGGAGCCGUGUGCAGUAAUGAAUUAUGCUGUGAAAAUUGCAAGUUCAAGCCAAGAGACACAAUAUGUAGACAACCGUUAGACAAGCAUUGCGACUUUCCCGAGUACUGCAAUGGGAGUUCGGCUAUUUGUCCGGACAAUGUUUAUGUCCAGAAUGGUGCCGGUUGUGCAUCUAACACCGGCUUCUGUUACAGUGGAUCUUGUCAAUCAGCCGACUUGCAUUGCCAGGAGUUCUUCGGAUCACGGUCAAGAAACGCUCCGCAGGACUGCUACGAAGUGAAUAGCCAGGCUGAUAGAUUUGGGCACUGUGGCAUCGAUCUCAAAAAGAACUUUAAAACUUGCUCUGUUCGGGAUCUCAGAUGUGGAAAGUUAAUUUGCACGUAUCCCUACGACACUCCUUAUACUAAAAUUAGCAUUCCCGUCUUGUAUAUGCCGGUGAAGAAGAACAUUGUCUGCAUUUCACUGGACCUUAAACAUCCAGAAGGCACAACCGACCCUAUGAUGGUGAAAGAGGGUACCAAAUGUGGAUUUGAUAAGAUUUGCCUCAGACAAAAAUGCGAAAACUAUGGCAAUCUGAAAUAUGAUUGUGACUCUGCCAAAAAAUGCUCAGGACAUGGGGUAUGUAACAACAAAAGAAAUUGCCACUGCGAUCCAGGCUGGGCUCCUCCAGACUGCCGAAUAAAAGGAAGCCCCAGGGGAGGAAGUAUUGACAGCGGACUUCGCUAUCUGGAUUUGGACCUUGCAAAAAAAGCCAGGGAAGACACUAUGCGGACAUGGAUCCUGCUUAGCAUUUUCCUGUUCCUGCCCAUUAUUAUUGGAAGCACCCUUUUGGGUGUCAAAUGGAACCGUAUCAAAAAAUCUUGCUUCGAAGAGGAUGAACUGGACGAGGAUUCAGAGUCUUUUUCUAGAUCAGAAGAGAGUAACACAUCGGAAAAAACAAGACACAAAUGAAGGACUUGUGGCCUGCCAGCGGACAGCUGAUCUGGCAGCAGAUUCGGAUGGUGAGGAGGUUGAGGAGGAACAUGGGCCAGCUCUGGAUUCUGGGGAAGUGCUCUGCGUCGGAGGCAGAGAUGGGGCCAGGGCCGUCUGACAGUUGUCAACUGCCUUUGGAGUCGGACAUCAUUGGGGCAGAACAACAGCUGGAGCCUGUUCCUGAUGUGUGCAUGUGCAGAGCUGCCAGGAGAAGGGAACAGCUAAGGAACAAAGGUCGACUCAGGAGUAACGCCACAGGUGGACGGUGAAUGGCCCCUCCCAUAAGGAAUAGAGAGGAGCGGAGGUUGAGGGGAGUUUGCAGGAGACAAUUAGUUCAUUUGGGUGAAGAUCUGUUCCUGCAUUCUUGCCAAGAAGUAUUGUCGGUUACAUUGUGUAUUGUCGGUUACAGUGUGGAGUCUAAAAGAUAUCUCCAAGCCUGAUAAAGGUCCAUAGUUGUGAAUUGUAACCCGGGGUGAAAUCUACUUACCUUCCCUAGCGGUUUGGAAGGGCGUGCUCCACUCCGCGCAGUUUGCACACGUCCCAGGCGCGUUUGGACCCUCUGCGCAUGCACAAAACCUUCUGCACAUGUGCGGAGGCUCAAAAACAGGUUACUUCCUGGUUAAAACCAGGAAGUAAUGACGUCUGGGCAGGUGGGCGGAGCCUCACACUGCCACCACCCACCAGUUCUCUGAACCACGUGCCGCCAUUGCUACCGGAUCGUCCGAACCGGUCCAAACUGGGAGCAUUUCACCCCUGAUUGUAAUCCUAUCUUGAAAGACUGUGGGAGAGGAAAGACUUUGCUGGAGAGGAAUUCAUUGUAAAUUAAAUAAAAGGGGGUUAUCGGCUUCGUGAUUGUUGUGGUCCGCCAGCAGCCUACAGAACUGGCAACGGAGUCAGACAGCGAUGAGACUGAGGAAGAACAUGGGCCAGUCCUGGAGACUGGGGAAGGCUCGGAUGAGGGCUCUGCGUCAGAGGCAGAGGUGGGGCCAGGGCCAUCUGGGAGUGAUGUGCGGACUCCAGAGCCUCCAGAGGCUGGCACUAGUGAGGCAGAGGAACAGGAGGAGCCUGUUCCUAAUGCACGCAUGAGAAGAGCUGCCAGAAGGCAAGAGCAGCUAAAGCAAAGAGGACGACACCAGAGUAGGGCCAAGAGAUGAUUGACCCCUCCCAUAAGGCUUAAAAGACCAGCAAUGGCGUUUGGGCUUUUUGCCGGAAAACAACAUUGAUAGCUUUGUCUUGUUGCAUUUGUUUCCUAUCAGUGUCUUCUGAACUUUUGCCAAGAAAGGCCUUUGGCAGUUUGCCUAAUUGGACCAAGGCUGGUGAUAGGACUGAGGAAUUUGUGUUGGGAGGAAUUUGCUUUAAUUUAGUUGGACUAUGCUGAGAAUGAAUUAAUUCUCAGCUGUUCUAAUAAAGUUUAUUUGUUUUUACACUGACUGAGUUUCCUACUACCUACUUGGGCCUGGGUCACAACAGUAAUAUUCUUUAACUAAGACUUUUCCU